GGUGGCAGCGAGAGCCAGCCCCCGGGGGCUGGGCAUUGCAGUAGAGCCCACUGGCUGGAGCCCCUCGCUGUGUAUGAGGCCCAUGGCGCCCUCGCCGGGGGCCAGAGCGCACACAGGAGUGAACGCCAGGCUGCCCUGUCUGGGGAACCUGCGCUUCUUGAGCAGAGGCACUAGAGCCUGGUGAUCUGCCCAGCAGCUGGGGUCCCUCAGCAGGAUAACCCAUGCUUUGGACAGAGUGCUGGGUGAGUGCCUCCCGCUGCCCUGCCCCCAGCUCCGGGCACUGCCCCCUGUCAGCCUCCCUGCCCUGGCUCCUGCGGGGGAAGGGGCCCAGAAUAGCCUGGCUUGUGCUAGACCCAGGGGUUUGAUUUCACAUAUGAGCCUCUGCCUCUGUUCUUCAUUUAUAACCCAGACAGCCACCCUGCAUGCUUCCUAAUUGGGUAGCUCCCGGGGCGCCUGCCCUCUCCGGGUCAGCCAGCACCAGGCAUAGAGAGUCCAGAAAUAGAGCUGGCCCGGAUGGCCUGGGGCAGGGCUGGGGUUUUGGGAAUCCUGCCAUGGCCAGGCAGAGCUGGGCAGUGCCAGGGCAGGGCUAGUACAGAAUGGCACGUGAGCAGGGUGGGCAUGGCGUAGCAGGCCCUGGGGUGCUGCGGGAUGCCCUGGACCCACUCCUCCCAGAGCACUUCCCAGGAGCCCCAGGGUGGGGGACGUGGGAGGAAGAGCCCUGCAGUGAAUGCAGCGAUGCUGCGGGCUGGCUGGCUUGCAGCCCCUUGGCUGGAGUCACUGAGGGGCUGCGUGACUUCUCCGCACUCCUUACAAGUCAGCUGGGGGGUGAGAAGUCCCGGCCCCAGUCCCCCGCAGGCGCCUAGGCUCAUGUCACCCAUGCUGCCCUCCUGCCCCAUCUUCAGCCAGCCCAGAGAGGCGCUGGGAGGUGGUGGCUCCCCCUCUGCCUGCGGGGGAGGGGCCAUGGCUGUCAGUCUGAAGCCAGAUGACUUUGACAGAGCUCUGAGUGCAGAGGACAAACCCACCUGCCUGCCCAGCAAGUGGUGCAGCCGGCUGGUAUGCAGCGGCUACAAUUACAGCAGCCUGCCCCAGGCUGUGCGCAGAGCAGGGGGCAGCCGAGCCAGAGGCAGGGUGCACACGCCCCACCGCAGAGCAACGCCAGGGCUGGGAUCUAGGCUCUGGGCUCGGCAAGUGGCCAUGCGCUUGUGGCUGUAGCAGUCGCACCAUGUUGGCCUUCCUGACCCAGCUGCUGAUCACCCUGGUGCUGCUGGGCUUCUUCCUGGUCAGCUGCCAGAACGUCCUACACAUUGUCAAGGGCUCUGUGCGCUUCCUGCUCAAGCAUGUCCACCAGGAGCUGGACAAGGAGCUGGGCGAGAGCGAGGGGCUGACGGAUGACGAGGAGUCCAUCUCCACCAGGGUGGUCCGUCGGCGUGUCAUCGUGAAGGGCAAUCAGGUUCAGGAUAUUCCGGGGGAGCAGGUGACCGAGGAGCAAUUCACUGACGAGCAAGGCAACAUUGUCACCAAGAAGAUCAUCCGGAAGGUGGUGCGGCGGAUCAGCGCGGGCGACGAGGAGAAGGAGGUGAUUCUUGAGGGCUCUCUGCAGGAGCCCCAGGAGCUGGAAGCUGAGGCAGAUCACUUUAUGAAAUAUGCCAUCCUGCAUCAGGACAGUCUGGGCACCAAGGAGGAGGCGCGAGGGCACGUCCCAGAAUCGGAGCUGAUCGGGGGCAGGAUGGGGGCUUACAUAGUGAAACGAGCCAGCCUGAAAAGGGGAAAGCAGUGACCCCCCCCCAGGGCCUCUUCUGAGGAUCUCACCUCCACCCCGAACCACUGAACUGCAGCCACGUGCGGCCAGCCCCGCGAGGAGAGGCGAGGCGAGAGCGGACAGGCGAUGGGAGCAAGGCUGGCUGUACAUGUUGAUCUAGGCUAAUGGCAUGACUUCUGUAAGAGACUUACUUCCCGUCCUAUUCGCAUGAUUGACUGACUGCCAACGCAUGAGCCACAGUUCUUACUACGGACGGGGACCCCAGGAGCCAGCAGCACCCGGGGCAGCGUUUCCCUGGCAGCGACAGGACUCUGCUGCGCACACCCUGACUCCGGAUGGAGGCUGCGGCUAUGAAGGGCUGCCCAGGGCGGGGGCGUCAGCUCCCACCUAUCCCUCAUGUUGUCUCUUGGCUGGGUUUUGCUGCUUCAUCCCCUUCCAAGGAGUGUGUCGGGAGUGGGGAUGUCAGAGCCUAAAGGGGCUGCGGGGGGAGGGCCAAACCGCAGCUCUCGAGGGGGUGCCCCUGGCAAGGGCAGGGGCAGGGGAUUGGCUCGUGGCUGCCCUGCCCCUGUCUCUCCAGGAGCUUCCCCCAGUGUGAGUGUGCAGCUCCCAGCAGCACUGAGCUCCUCGCUUGUGUUGAAAGUGUAAACUGUACAGUACUCAGCCUUGUGUAUAUGAACAAAUCAAUACUAUGCAACGCCCGAGGGCACGCAGCGGUGUGCAGAGCACUGCCCGCUCAGUGCCCGCAUACCUCGUCGGCUGUAGGACAGGGAUGGCCCCUCAGCCCCCGCCAGGGAGGAGCUCUGGCCAGUGCAGCUGGGAAGCUGGAGGUGUCAGAGGGCAACAGAGCCAAACUUCCCAGUGUCAGCCUGGCGCUUUUACUCCCCUUGGCCUUGUUCAUUUCCUGACACCCACCCGGGGCCGGGCAGGGGGCCGGGGCACCUGUGCCAGCCCCUGCCCACUUUGGUUACAGAUGGGGCAGAGCUGAGGGCCUCCCACCAGGCCCUGGUGCCCCAGCGUGGAACGGGCAGGUGGCGAGCACUGGCACAGCCCAGCACCUGCCUCAGCCCAUGCUUGGCUCUACCCAGCACAAUGGCUGUUCAGGAGAGAUGCAAGGAAACAGCAGUGGGGUUUGCACCCCUGUCCUCUGCACCAUUCGUGAGGCCCUCCAGGGUCCCGCGGCCUCUCUGAAAGGCUAAAAUCAGCACAGCCCCCGUGUCCCCUGACCCUUCCAGGACCAACCCCCAGUGCCCAGGGCAAAGGAGGCCCAUCAGAGCAGCUCUCCCAGGCUCUUGCACUGCAUCAGCACCACAAACCCUACUGCUGUAGUCCGGCCGGAGCAGACAGGGUCACCCUGCGACCUGGAGUCUCAGCCCCGGGCGCUUUAACUGGGGCCAGCAGAGCUCUGUCCCAGGCUGGCCCCUUGGCUCAGCUGUUCCUGCCAACAGCUCUGUCCUGGCAGGAGGCUGGGGGUGGGGUGGGGGGGCAGCUACCUGGGCUAUUUAAAGGCGCUCAGUAGAUGGAACCUGUUGUGACGUGUGACCCCAGGUGGGCUGGUAGCAGGAAGGGGGGUGCUGGCUGCCAUGUCCCUCACCUCCCCUAAGGGUGCAGGAAGGAGCCAGGCAGAAACAACUGGACUUGCGCUUUCCCCAGGAAGUCGCCAUGGCCCCAUCUCAAAGGGGCUGACAUGUUUCCCGGUGGCAACACCCAGGCCGAGCCCACCACUGGAGCCGGGCUGCAGCCGCCAUGCCCAGCAGGCCUUGGCUGGUGGGCAUGUCUAGUAGAAAAGCCCUCUGCUCCCCUGCAGGCUGAGGAGGUGGGGUAGCUGCAGAGACGCGACUAGGCCAGCCUUCUCCUCAGAGAGCAACAAACCACGUAGGGUACAGACCGUCCAUCCAUAACCCUCCGCUCUGUAACAUAAUGUCCCUAGAAUGGCUGACUCUGAUAGCAUCUCCGUAGAGUCUAGUGCGGGCCCCCUGCUUUGGCCUCUAUACUCCGUAGGGAAUGCUCCACUGCACUUGGCCGGCCCCGCGGGAGCCGCUGCUUCGCGCUCUGAUUGCUAGUAGGAGCUGGUAGGGGCGGGGGCGCGCUCGACAUGACGCCUAGAGAAUGCUGCAGGCUGUGCACUAGACGCUUUUUAGAAGUUUUAAAAUAAUUUUAUUUCCUUUUUUUACUGUUAUGACAAUGAGCCUUUUGGCUCUCCCUGCCCCCAUCUUAGCCUCUGAUGUAUAGACCAUUCUCCCUGGACACCAGCUACCAGAUUACAACUUAAUAAAGAAACCAACACGA